CUCGAUGAGCAACGUGCAGCAGUCGGCGGUGGCCCCCUCCGCGCUGGCCGCCACCCUGCCCCGCUUCCUGUCCCGCGGACACACCUACCGCGCCGUCGUCGGGGACACGCUCGUCCUGCCCUGCCAGGUGGAGAAUCUGGGCAAUUUCGUUCUUCUGUGGCGACGGGGAACAAAUGUGCUCACUGCCUCCAACAUUAUGGUUACAAGGGAUGAGCGCGUAAGACUGAUAGAUGGUUAUAAUUUAGAGAUAUCCGAUUUGGAGCCCCAAGAUGCCGGGGAUUAUGUUUGUCAAAUCAGUGACAAAAUAAAUCGUGAUCAAGUGCACACAGUUGAGAUAUUGGUUCCGCCCAGUGUACGGGCCAUCCCCACAUCCGGACAGCUGCAGGCCCGCAAAGGAGGACCCAUUACGCUGGAGUGCAAGGGAUCUGGUAAUCCGGUGCCAUCCAUUUUCUGGACCAAGAAGAGCGGCGCAAACAAGUCGUCGGCCAGGAUCGGAGACGGACCUAUUUUGACCCUGGAGAAGCUGGAGCGCACGCAGGCGGGAGUCUACCAGUGCACCGCCGACAACGGAGUGGGUGAUCCGGUCACAGUCGACAUGAGGCUGGAUGUGCUAUAUCCCCCGGAUAUACAAGUGGAGAAGUCCUGGAUACACUCGGGCGAAGGAUUCGAGGCGAAGCUCGUUUGCAUUGUUUACGCUGAUCCAGUCGCAACGGUGUCCUGGUACCAGAACUCAUUUCCGAUCCAAACGACAGACAGACGCACCAUGGGCACCCGGGCCAACCGGCACACGCUCACCAUCCGGCACAUCCAGCAGGAGGACUUCGGCAACUACAGCUGCGUGGCGGACAAUUCGCUGGGCCGGUCCCGCAAGUACAUGGAGCUCUCCGGACGCCCCGGACCCGCCGAGUUCUACUCGCCCAAGUGGGGUCGUUCGACGGACAGCUACAAUCUGACCUGGAAAAUCGAUAGCUACCCGCCGCUGGAGGAGGUCCGCCUACUCUACCGUCGAGUGCUGAUGAAUGAUUCGUACCAGCAGCCGGGCAGGUGGCACGACUUCAUCCUCACCCCGGAGCACCGGCCGUCCUCGGAGCCCCUGACACACAUCAUGUCCUACACCAUCAAGAAUCUGCAUCCGGGCGCUUACUACGAGGCAAUUGUGCAGGCCAAGAACCGCUACGGCUGGAAUGAGGUCAGUGAUAUAUUUCAAUUUAUCGUCGCCGCCAACAAAGAGGACGUCGUCCCCGAGGAAUCCGAGGUGGUGGCCAGCUCCAAGUCGCGCAGCAACGGUGCCCCGGUCGGCAGCCUGCCAGGAUCCAUGCCCCACAGCCUGCUUCUCCACACGGCACUGCUUUUGGCCCUGGCCUUGAGUAAUUGUCAGUUCGACAGACGCCGACUGGGCCUGGGAUAAGCACUUGAUUCGGCAGGAGAUCGGGAUUAGGAUCACGGAGAAGCACAAGCCGAGGGCUCAGCACUAAGAGGAGUAAGUUGGCGGGGAGGGACGGAAGCAUAAGCUGCAAAUUCAGAGAAAAUUAACAAAAAUGCAAGGCUAAUUGUGUUCCCUUCCCGGCCAACCAAAAAAUAAGAGAAACGGAAAAAAGACAAAGAAUGAUAGGAAACCAGAAAGCUGAAAGAAAUUAAAAUGGAACCCAUGUAAAUAAUUUUUCAAGUGUUUUGUCCACGAUUAAAUUAGCACACACACACCCUCACACAUCACACACAUAAAACCGGAAAAUGGUUAAUGGAAAUUGCGAUUCGAGAAUGCAAAUCCUCUAACCAAAUCCCACCCCCCAGUUCCAUCCCCAUGGUAGUGUAAGCAACUCGAACUAGGUCAUGUAAAUAAGCAUUAGAUAUCUGAAUGUGAACUGCAUUUUACUUCAUAAAUGUCGGGCUUACGCUCGAUGCGCAGGAUGUGUAUGUAAAUUAAGCAAACAUUAUAUAGUGAUAUUAUUUAGUUUCAGGCGAAACCAUAAAUAACAAAAUAUUGAGGAUGAAAUAAAACGGAAAACAGAAAUACACUGCAAAAUGUUAGUAUGUAAAGUAUCUGCCAUUUGCCACAUUUGUGUUUCGAACUCGAACU